AUGAAGCCUCACCAAUCCCCACUGAGUAACGUCGUCCUCUUCCUCCUUUCUCUUCUCUGUUCAGAUGGGGAUAAGGUCUGUGCAAUGCCAGCUGCCCAAAGAAGGGUCUUCAGGUCCCGAAUCUGGGACGUCAAUCAAAAAUCCCUUUACCUACAAAAUGAUAAGCUGGUGGCGGGAUACCUACAAGGUCCCAAUUCUGCCCUGGAAGAGAAGAUUUACUGGAUUCCCAACCGUAACUUUAGCCGUGAGAAGUUCCCCCUCAUCCUGAGUAUUCGGAACGGGAGUCAAUGCCUGGCCUGCUCCGUCGAGGCCAAGCCUGUGCUCCAGCUUGAGAACAUCCACAUCCUGGACUUGUACAAUGACAGCAAGGAAGACUCCACCCGCUUUACUUUCUUCCGGUCUUACAACAAUGGGCUGUGGCGCUUUGAGUCUGCUGCCCACCCGGGCUGGUUCCUUUGCACCUCCUCCAAAUCCAAUGAGCCCCUUGGCCUCACUCAGAAUCCAGGAUCGUCUAAUGUCAUUGACUUUUACUUCCAGUCAAUCUGA